AUUGUUUUAGAUUUAGGUACAGUGAUUAGCUAGUAUUAUUUAAACAUGAAUAUUCUGUAUUGAAAUGCUGAGACAGCUUCAGGGUUAGAGAUUAGUGCAGUCAGAACAAUUGCAGUUUGCACUUUUAUAAGUUUAUAUUAUGCAGAUUUAGUAAUUUUCAUUGAUCAAACAAAAAACGUUUAUAUUUCCAAAUUUAUCUUGGUGAGAAAGAUAAGGCAAAGUUUUCUCAUCAGUUCAACCGGGUCAAGUGGAAGUUUCUAAAUAUUUUUCUAAUCAGAAGUUUGAAGUAAAAUACAAGUAUACAGUAUACAGUAUGCCAAGAGCGCCAGAUGCAAAGUCUGAUAAUUCUCUAAAUAACCAAAGUUCUGCUGUUGCCAGUGAUACAAAUGUUAAAAGCAUGUUUAACAAAUCAUCCAUGAAAACCCUGACAAACAUAUUUGUCAAAGUGAUCUUGUUUAUCGGAUAUAAUUCCUAUCUGGGAUAUGCGAUUCAUUUUAACAUAGAAAAUGAGAAAGACAUGGACUGGUGUGGAGGACUUGGAUUCCUUAUCCUUCUCACAUCCUGGGUCUACAUACUGUUCUUCUACUUCAAGAUAUUCAAACCUCAAAUUAUCAAGUCAGACUUGAAGAUCAAGAUUCCAAGAAAGAUUAAGAGGAUUUGUCAAGGUAGAAUGGUUAGAAACAGUGCCACAGCAUUAGUUCCGCUGAGUAUUAUUGUUUUCCUUGUAUUUGACACUGCUAACGACCGAUACAGAUUAGUUUCUGGUGGAGGUUUAUUCUUCAUACUUCUUCUUGGAUUUAUCUUUUCUAAAUCCCGGAGCAAAAUAGUUUGGAGGCAUGUCCUGUGGGGCAUGUGCCUCCAGUUUAUAUUUGGUUUGAUUAUCAUGAGAUGGGAAUAUGGUAGAGUUUUAUUUGACUGUGUUGGAUCAAAGUUUGAUACCUUCCUGGGAUACACUGAUGCCGGCUCUUCAUUUGUAUUCGGAUAUUUAGUGGAUCAGAAACCGUUUCUUCCAGACAAGCUAGGUAAUAACUCCCUAGCAAAGAAGAUUGCUGAAGAAAUUAACGCUGCACAUUCUGUGUCUACAAUUGUUGUCUUUAAAACUCUCUCAACUGUUUAUUUUUUCAGUUUUCUUGUAUCCAUGCUGUACUACCUGGGUUACCUGCAAUGCCUUGUUAUCAAGAUCGGAUGGCUUCUUCAAGUCUCGGUUGGAACUACAGCUUGUGAAUCUGUAAAUGCUGCCGCCAAUAUAUUUAUGGGUCAAGCAACUGCUCCGUUCCUUAUAAAACCUUAUAUUUCGGAGAUGACCUUAUCUGAACUUCAUGCUGUGAUGACUGGGGGGUUCGCAACCAUUGCAGGAACAGUUUUAGCAGCUUAUGUUAGUUUUGGAGUGUCUGCAGCUCAUCUUGUUUCUGCCUCUGUAAUGUCAGCGCCUGCUGCUCUUGCCUUCUCUAAGUUAUUUUACCCAGAAACAGAGAAAUCUAAAACUACGGCAGAAAAUAUCUCUAUUGAGCCUCCAAUAGAAGCAAACUUACUAGAUGCUGCAACACAAGGUGCAUCCUCUGCAGGCAUCUUGGUGGUUCAUGUUACCGCAAUUGUUGUAGCGUUUAUAGCAUUCAUGGCAUUUAUUAACAGUGUUGUCGGAUUCCUGGGAGCCCUUGUAGGAUUCGAUUAUAUAACAUUUGAUCUAAUUCUUGGAAAACUGUUUAUGCCUCUCACAUUUGUGAUGGGGGUAGAGUGGAAAGACUGUGAGAAAGUGGCAAGACUUAUUGGCGUUAAAACCAUUCUUAAUGAGUUUAUAGCUUAUCAGCAACUUGGAGUUCUUAUUGAAAAUGGCGAGCUAUCACAGCGGUCAAUCCUCAUAGCAACAUAUGCUCUUUGUGGAUUCGCCAAUCCGGGCAGUAUUGGAGUUCAACUGGCUACACUAUCUUCAAUAGCACCAGAUAGAAAAUCAGAUUUUUCUAAAGUUGCAUUUAGAGCGUUUAUCUCGGGUACAGCUGCUUGUUUGCUAACUGCUUGCGUUGCAGGCAUUUUAAACAAUGAGUUAGUGUAAUAUAAAAUUAACAUUAUAUAUUUUUUCAAAUAAUAUUUAUAUCAUAUUUAUCACAAGUUUUAUCA